AAGGCUGCGAGGUCAAGUUGACGAGGAGAAAGAGAACAGUCGGAAUAUUGAGGGAGUGACCAAUGACCUCAUGAUGGAGAAGAACAGGAUGGAGAAAACGAUGCAGAUUCUGAAGGAGAACUGUGAACGAGAGGUGGAGGAGUUGCGGCUGGAGGUGGAUCACCUGAGGCAGACCGCAGACACCCUGAGGCAGAGGUCACGGGUCAGCUCCGAGGCCAGGGUCAAGGACAUCGAGAAGGAGAACGAGAUCCUGCACCAGGCCAUGGCGGAGGCCGGUCUGAAGCAGAGCGCCCUGGCCUCUGAGAAGAACCAGGCCCUUCGCGAGCUGGAGCAGAGCCGGGCCGAGGCUGAGAAGGCCGAGGAGCUGAGCCGGGAGCUAGGCUGCAUCCGUCGACUCAAUGAGGAGCUCCGAAAGCGGGGCCUGGAGUUGGAAACGAGCCUGGGGAGGCUCCCCGUGCUGGAGGAGACGUUGUCGGGCUUGCAGGCCGAGAACGGAAGGCUGCGUCAGAGCCUGGAGAGCCUGACCGUGAGGCUGGAGGCUUCGGAGCUGGAGAGGGCCCGUUCUGAGGAGGAGAGCCUCCAGUUGAGGGAGGCAGAGAGAGCAGCCCUCAACCAGGCCGAGGCUGAGAACCGGGAGCUGGAGAAGGAGAGAGACCGUCUGCGCAGGGAGGCCGCUCAGCUGAAGGCCGCUCUCUCGAGGGCUGAGGAACAGGCUUCGGCCUACCAGGCCUCCCAGUCGGAGCGCCAGCAGCUGUCCCGGAGCCUGGAGACCGCCAAGAGGCAUCUCUCGGAGAUGGAGAAAGAGGUCGAGGAGAUGGAAGUGGAGGCUCAGAGCCGGCAGCGGGAGCUGGAGGAGCAGCGGGCGGCGAGAGGCCAGUGGGAGCAGGCCCACCAGGCCGUGGCGCAGGAGCUGGAGCAGGCCGACAGGGAGAAGAGGCAACUGGCCAAGGAGAACCGGCGCCUCAGGCAGCAGGCUGAGACACGCGAUGCGUCCCUGGACGAGCACAGCCUGAAGGCGGCCGGGCUGGAGCUGGAGAACCGACGCCUCCUGCAGGAGAUCAGCUGGGCCCAGGAGGCCCGGGACAGCCUGAGGGACAUGGAAACCGAGAACACUGAGCUCCGACAGCAGCUGGCUGUCAACAAGAGGGAAGCCUCCAGUCUUCGCGAGGAGCUAAUGAGUGAGAAACUGAGGGCACAGGAGCUCAGCAACCAACUGGACAGUCUGAGUCACAAGCUGGAACGGAUGGGCAUUGAACAGGGCCAAGUGUUGCCUGCAGGCCAGGACAGUAGUUACCGGUUGUUGGAGGAGAAGUUGGACUCAGUUUUUAAGGACACUCUGAUGAUCCGGGAGACUCACAUCGCCAGCCUGAGGAGCCAGCUAGAGGAUGCUGGGAAACGAAACCAGGAGCUCAGUGACCAGCUCAGGGAGUUAAAGCGGGAGCUGGAUCAGUCAGAGCAGAUGGAGGAAUCGGUGGGCAGGAUGGUUGCUACGGUGAUGGAGGGCCAGGUGCCGUUGGAGGCCAAGGUGGAACGCCGGGAGUCGCUGAGGGAAGUGAGCAGCGACCGUUUGAUAGAGGUCGAGCGGAAGAACGCCACGCUCCUGGCGGAGAAGGAGGCCCUGACAGUGGCCCUGGGCCAGCAGGAAUCGGUGAAUGGCAGCCUGCAGGCACAGAUCCUGAUACUCCAGAAACACACGGUGUCGCUCCAGGAGCAGAAUUCCGGCCUGCAGGCUCAGAACGGCCAGCUGCAGGCUGAGAACAGCAGUCUGAUGUCUCAGAACACAUCUGUAAUUGCCCACGACAGCCAACUCCAGGCUGAGCUUUCAGCCCUGCAGGGUGAGCUCAGGAGCCUGGCGAAGGAUAGUGAGGAGGUGCAGAACCGCCUCAGCUCAGUGCUCAGGGACCACGAGAAGCUGGUCCUCCUACAUGAGGCGCAGGAGGCUGAGUUUGAGGGACUGAUCGAGAAACAUAAAGCACUGAAAGGCAGCUACAAAACCCUGGAGGCUGAACACAAGGAGCUGGAUGGCAGGUACAGGCAGCUUCUGGCGCAGAAAGCACGGCUGGAAGAGGUGGAAGCGGCCCUGGAGCUUCAGCGCCAGGCUCUGGACCAGGAGGAACGCAGUCGGCGGCAGGAGACCGAGGCCUACCACAGGCUGAAGGAGGAGCACGACAGGCUGCUUCAGAGGCACAGUGAAUGUGAGAAGCAGCAGGAUGAAGACCGAGCUGAGCAGAGGGCCCUGAGGAGCCAACUCAGCACCAUGCAGCUGGAGAGGACCCGCACCGAGACUGAGUGCAACAGCCUGAAAGAACAGAACCAGCAACUCGAUCUGCGCCUGGCCAAGCUGGUCAGCCAGUGUGAGGUACAGCAGGGGCACCGCACUCUCGCUCACACUCACUCACUCUCACGCACGCUCACUCUCACGCUCGCUCGCUCUCACACACGCUCACUCUCACUCACUCGCGCUCUCAUGCUCGCUCGCUCUCACGCUCGCUCACUCACUCACACUCGCUCUCUCUCACGCUUGCUCACUCACACUCGCUCACUCUCACUCACUCGCGCUCUCACACUCGCUCACUCUCACGCUCACUCACUCACACUC